AUGAGUGAUCAAGCAGCUAAUCAAUCGAGUGAAAUCGCUGGCUUCGGUGUUCAAUUGACAACACCGAUUAAAGCAUCACCGGAACGAGUCUGGGAAGCCAUGGUAGACAAAAUGUACAACACAAGCAAGUAUUUACCGGUAACCGAUGUGAAAGUAACGGAAAAGGAUCAUGCAAAGGAAAUCUAUCGGGAGAUGACUCUUAAUGGAAAGGUUUUGCGGGAAAAUAUAUAUUUCGACAAAUCACGUUUUCAAGUUCGAGCUGAUCUUCUCGAUGACGAUAAAGUACAUUUUAAUGUGUACAAUCCUGAUACAGGCUUGUUAGAAUAUUGGGAAGCGGAUAAGAACGGCGAACGAGUCUCAUGGAACGUCCCGAAACAAGUAGUUUUGAACGCAAUGCAAAAAACGAAAGAAGUCGCUGAAGCCGACAAAUAA